ACCGGUCACCGUCGUUCACCGUUGUUGUUUCGUUGUUUGUUCAGUUUGAGGAUUCGAGGUUUGAGCUCAUCGAGCUGUUCGAACACAGCAGCGGCGAGCAUCCGUCGUCCAUUUUACUUUUGAUCAGUCGUUUCGUGUUACGAACAGCGGUUCGAUACGUUGAUUAUUUUUUUAAUAAUAUAUUCUUUUUUCCGUGGGAUUUUUUCUUUCACAUCGUCGCUGGGCAUUGAAAAAUUGUUAUUCUCUGAAAUAAGCUCGUGGAGGGUCUCUUCUCGAGUAAAUAGAAAACGUGAAAGACAAAAAAUUGCACGCAUAGCCACGUACACGUAUUAUUACACACAUGUGAGAAAUAAAAAAAUACGUUUUCUCCCGUACGUUUGCGAUCGGCCGAGCUAGAAAAUAAAAUAAUUAAGAAUCAAUCAUUAAUAAAAAGAAUAAUCUCACGAGAAACAUUAUUUUGCCAACUUUUGGUGGUGUGCUAAAUGCGUGGCGUUUCAGAAAGCUCACCAAGUCGUACAAUGGCGGAGGACUUGGAUGUCGAGGCGAUGCUGGAAGCGCCAUAUAGGAAAGGGGAGCAGGACUCUUCGACCAAAGACAAAACCACCAAUAAGGAGAAUGGGUCCAGCAGGAAGUCAGGGAAGAGCAAACAUCGCUCGCGCAGUCGCUCACGCUCGCGGGAACGUCGGGAAAAAAGAGAUCGCGAUCGCAGCGAGCGCGAUCGGGACAGAGACCGUGAUCGUGAUCGUGAUCGUGACCGAGAUCGUGAUCGUGAUCGUGAUCGUGACAGAGAUCGCGAUCGAAAACGGAAAUCGCGUUCCCGAGAGAAACGGGAUCGAAGUGAAAAGGAUUCUGGAAGUGGGGAGAAGGAUCGCGAGAAAAAAGACAAAGAUCGCGACCGAGAGAGGGAGAGGGACAGAGACAGGGACCGAGAUAGAGACAGAGACAGGGAUCGUGAACGCGAUCGUGAUCGUGAUCGCGACAGGGAUAGAAGGCGAAGAAGAUCACUCACACCCAUCAUUCUGCCGCGUGCUAGACCACCAUUUGGCAAAGGCGUCAGUCCGUUACGACUCCGAUCCGACGAGCUGACGCCCGAGGAACGUGACGCUCGAACGGUCUUUUGUAUGCAAUUGAGUCAGCGUAUAAGGGCACGCGAUUUGGAAGAAUUUUUCUCGAGCGUUGGAAAAGUACAGGAUGUCAGACUUAUUACUUGUAACAAAACUAGACGAUUCAAAGGAAUCGCUUAUGUUGAAUUCAAGGAUCCUGAGAGCGUUACACUCGCACUUGGAUUAUCGGGUCAAAAAUUGUUGGGUAUACCAAUUGUGGUGCAGCCGACUCAAGCCGAGAAAAAUCGAAUGGGCAAUUCCAUGCCAAACCUGAUGCCAAAAGGUCAAACAGGUCCAAUGAGACUCUACGUUGGUUCUCUUCACUUUAACAUUACGGAAGAUAUGUUGCGGGGUAUAUUUGAACCUUUCGGAAAGAUUGAUAACAUUCAAUUGAUAAUGGAUCCUGAAACGGGUCGUAGCAAAGGCUACGGGUUUUUAACUUUUCGAAACGCGGAUGACGCAAAAAAAGCGUUGGAACAACUGAAUGGUUUCGAGCUUGCGGGUCGACCGAUGAAAGUUGGUAACGUCACUGAAAGAACAGACCUCAUUCAAGGACCUUCGCUCCUCGAUACAGACGAGCUUGAUCGCAGUGGAAUCGAUCUUGGCGCCACGGGACGUCUUCAACUUAUGUUCAAACUCGCGGAAGGCACUGGUCUAGAAUUACCACAAGCGGCGGCAAAUGCUCUGAAUAUGGCGCCAACCACAACUGUUCCUCAACCUCCACCUCAGGCUGCACCGCCCAUCGCUACACAGUGUUUUAUGCUAUCCAACAUGUUUGAUCCAUCUAAUGAAUCGAAUCAAUCUGAGUAUUUCGAUGAAUCGAAUCCAACAUGGUCGAGGGAGAUUCGCGACGACGUGAUCGAAGAGUGCAACAAGCACGGGGGCGUAUUGCACGUUUACGUCGAUCAAGCGUCGCCACAGGGCAAUGUUUACGUCAAAUGUCCAUCAAUCGCUACUGCCGUUGCGGCGGUAAAUUCGUUACACGGACGAUGGUUCGCUGGUCGUGUUAUAACAGCGGCUUACGUGCCUCUUGUUAAUUAUCAUUCACUUUUCCCGGACGCGAUGGCCGCUUUGCAGUUGCUCGCACCGAGUGCACCGAGACGCGGGCUGUGAUAGAAUUUCUAAAGAGAAGAAAACAAUAAUAUGUCUGGAGAUAAAAAGGACUUGAUUUCGAAUUUUGGGGAAAAAAAUUGAAAACGAAUAUCCACUA